CGCGAACAAUAACAUACCGACAGGUUGACCGACAUUUCGCCACGGGUCGUUUCACUGUCGCUAUGGUGUCGUUUGCGGACUGUUAAAUAACAAAGGGAUUCACUGUGUCGUUACUUCAUUUGCUGCAUAUGCUGUGUAUCUUUCGCGCAGUGCCUACGCGCGAGUUUAAUUUGAACAAGGUAAAUUAUUUAGCUGGCCAGGAAGUAAGCAUGGUUGACUAUCCACACGAACAUAGACAAAAACGACGACCGAAAUUCAAUUCGCUGGAACUGGAGGCGUUGGUGGACGCUGUUAGUAUUUAUCAGAACACUAUUUAUGCCAAGUUCUGUGACUUCGAAACAAACAGUAAGAAACACACUGCGUGGGUUUCGGUCACCGCCAGUGUCAAUGCGGUAUCGACAGUAAGACGCAGUGUUGACGAAAUUCGUCGUAAAUGGCGUGACUGGUCGUCUGUGAUUAAAAACAAAGAACAACGGCGAAGAAGAGCCCAAAACAAUACCGAGGGAGGCAACCGUAUCAUCACUAUGGCUCCGGUGGAGGAGAAAGUAGUCACCAUAAUUGGGAAGACCGCCAUAGAGGGAAUAAACUGUGGAACUGACAGUUCCGCAGCAGAUACGUCCUGCUCAGAAAGUAUGUCCCCAUCUGCACAUGCAGCAAGUUGCAGUAAAAACGCGUGUGUGGAAGGAAUGCCAGUAGAAUGUACAUGGACAGUGACGAACAGGAUUCCACCCACUUCUAUAACGGUGAUGUGUUCUGCUGACAGUCGUACUGCGGAACUUGCCGAGAGAAACAGGUCUGCGGAACUUGCCGAGAGAAUCAGGUCGGCAGAACUUGCCGAGAGAAACAGGUCUGCGGAACUUGCCGAGAGAAUCAGGUCGGCAGAACUUGCCGAGAGAAACAGGUCGGCGGAACUUACCGAAAGAAACAGGUCGCGCAGUAGAUCAUCCAGUCCCCACAACCCAGACAGAAGCAGAACGAGAGUUAAACAUGCUAAAAGAUCACGCACAGAUUUGGCCUCGACAGAAGCAUCGUCGUCACCCGAUGACAGUGACCCAACCCAUCAACUUGUUCAGAUCGAAAGGAGUCGGCUGAAAGUGGAGCAGGAGAGACUGUUCGUGGAAAAACGUCGCCUACAACUGGAAGAGAAGAAAAUUCAGUUGCUACAGACAUUGGUAUCUGCAAUGGCAAAUAGCAAUGAAAGUGGGAUACAAAAUCAUGUAAAUGAAUCGCCUUUUUCAUUUGUGGGGUAAAUGGUAUUCUAUUAUGGAUGUGAAAUUGUAUUCCAGUUUCUUCGUAGUAAUAAAUCCUUUGUGGUUAAAAUGUCGCAUACGCUCCUAUUUCUAUAGACUCAAACUUUCCACCUCUGGUGAAUGACCAUGUGGCACAGGUGCCCAAACACCGGAACACAUCCUUCAGUCCUGCCCAUCAUACAACACUGAGAUAAGAAACCUGGCGGUAUCUUGUGGACCUCAAAGAGAAACUUUGUGGACCGGCGACGUCCCUUUGACGGACAGGAAACUUCCUGGUGGGAGCAGGACUGGAAUUCUGAGCACGGCAGAAGAAGAAGUUGUUAAAAUAUGUUUGACAAAAACAUAAGCCACAAUAUGUAGAUGAUAUUUUAUCAAUUAACAUUUGGCAUAAUAGUGAAAUAGUUAUAAAUCAUAAACCAUUUUUAUAUAAACAUGCCCCAAAAGGCAUAAUCUUCAUAAAGGAUUUAGUAGAUGAUUAUGGAGAAUUUUUAUGAACAAUUUGCAGAAACAUGUCAUAUUAAUUCAAAUUUCAUUAGCUAUGCUUCACUAAUAAAUGCUGUGAAAUCA